CUUUCCUCUUUCCUCGCACGACGACCAUCUCCAAGCUUCUAUGAAUUUGUUUUCAACACUGCCGUAUGCCCCAUACCAGAUUAAGAUCAUUCACUUCGGUCCUCUUGCAACUCUCCUCGUUGACACAGACCGCCCUCCUUAGGGCCCAUUUGCGUUCUACACUUUCAACGCUGCUUCUCCAUCAUCUUACUUUCGCCGGCUAAUGGGAUAAAUUCGCUCCACUGUCAUCGGAACCAGGUUGCCUGCUCCGAAAAUCGCAUACUAGACUCCUAGAAGAAACAAUCACAAGAGACAACCCGGAACUUCUUUCCAGUUGCUUUUUAACAUUCUCUUAUACCCUCAACACUCUGGACAUGAUGCAUGCACUCAAGCACCCAUCUUUUUUUCGUCCAGCAAGUCGCCCUACGUCGCCUUCCCCCACUCCUUCUCGCCCCGAUUCGGGGUUAGGUUUCGACAGAGUAUCGAGGCCUCUCAACAAACUCUCGCUCAGUUCAUUCAGACGUCCUUCUCCUUCUGUGACCCCUGCUCCCGCUCCUGCGCCUGCACUGCUUGUUCAGGAUGGUUCCUACCUCGAGGCACUCAGCCUUAAACUGAGUGAGGCGGUUUCCAAGGCUCUAGCUCAACCAACCGGGCCAGCUGGUGCGAAUGAACAAGUCGGUGGCAAACGUCCUAUCCCAUCAGGUCGUGGGCAAUCUCUUGGCACUUUAAUUGCAUCUGAGCUGCAAGCUGCGCGAGGCAACCAUCAUUUGCACAAGGCGAUAUUACGUUCUUUGCACCGCCCGCUGUCGGUCUUGCUGAGUAAUCUAUCUGCAUAUCUUCUUCCUCUCCUUACUUCACCAGCAUUCCUUGUACCUCCUGCACCCAGUGUCCAGAUACCGAACCCCAAUCCUACUCAGCUUCAUGCUUUGGCACUGGCCGUGUUUUCUGGGGAGCUCCUCACAAGCUUCGAUGAAAUGGGGUUGGGCCUCGACUCGGACGUGAGGGGUGACGGAUUAAGGGCAAUUCGGGAAGGGCUUGCCUCCGUUAUCACUCGAGUGGUCAACCCCCUGAUCGUGGGGAUCAAGACUGAACUCAUGCCGAUAAUAGAUGCACUGGAAUCUCCUGUCAGUACUACGGUACAGAAGGCAUCUCUCAUUGGCAAGUCUGGACCGGUGCUUCAUCCUUCUAUAGUCACCUUGCAAAGUUUAAUGCCGGUUUACUCCCGUGCAUUGGCGAGGUACACUACAGCACUUCCUUCUCAGGCUAGUCUCGCCACCUUCUUGAUAUCUAUUGUUUGGCGAGCAUUAGUCGCCCUUUCACACCGUCCCACUGUGUCCCCUUCACCACCAGCUUCUCCUAUCGGAUCUCCGGCUAUUGCACCAGUAACAUUAAAGAAGCGCACAUUGUCAUCGGGGACGACUCCUCCUCUCACGCCCAAUUCCGCUCGUUUUACUAUGAAGCUGCCGCCUUCUCGUCCUCCUUCCCCGCCUACGGUGACGGUCACUUCCACACCAGCUGCAGAUGCUCGCGCUCUUUAUGACCUACUCAACCUUUUACCACGGCCACCCGCGGACACAGAAUCUACCCGGGUGGCUCGGGAGGCUGUGGAUGAAGCGUUUGAUGAUUUAAAAGCACUUGUUGCACUGUUAGAGAGCGUCGACAACCCGUUCUUCAAGUUGAACAAAACAGAAGAAGAAUUGUACAACGAGGUUGAUGACCUAACUGAAGAUCUGCCCACGCUCAUUGCACUUCCUGUGAUGCUUCGUGGGCAAAUUUUCGGGCCAGGCACUGGAGCUUCGACGGGGCCUUCUAUUUCUUUGAUGCUCAAGAUUACUGAAGACGAUUAUAGAAAAGGAUGCCUGACGGGCUUUGGUCGGGCAGAAGAGUGCGCGAUCAUUGUUGGAAACCGUAUCCUCAAUGUCCUACAAUCGAACAGUGAUGUCCAUCACUGUGUUACGAAAUGGUUGGAAUCACGCAUUGCAGCUUUUGACCAUUGACUACAUGGCCUUCUGAAUGCUGCAGGUAAAUAUGUGGUAAUAUUAUCCUUAGACCGAAAUUUUGUUAGUCACUGUACAUACUUAGGAGUGUUCAACUUUGUGUUGGGACUUGGUUUUGAUUCUUAUUAUUAUGCGUCUGGUGCCCUUUUCUUGCGACUAGUAGAGGCUUGAGUAGAGGUCUUUUCUUUCUUGACAUGAUAUAACAGCAGUUAUUCGAAACUU